AUUGAACCAACCCAAGAGUAGACGGUAGAAGGCUCUUAGAGGAUUUGGGUUUGAAUUGAGUCUUGAACAUGCAGCAGGUCAAAUCUCUUGAGAGAAAACUUGUCUAUUAUAGAUCUACACGGAAGAUUAGUCUCUAGUCUCUAGCGCAGAAAUACAGAGACUUCCACAAACAUGGUCUUUUGAACACUUUCUGUUUCAAUUCUAAGUCUAACCACAUCGGUACAUUCUUACCCGCAUAUAUAAACACAUCUGCCUCUAAUGAAUUCCCCUCCGGCGAAGUCUCCGCAUUUAAACGGCGCUCCGCCGUCGGUCCUCCUUGAUGAACUCAUUUCACAAAUUCUUUCCUUGCUUCCUGUCAAAACUCUCAUGCAGAUGAAAUGUGUUUGCAAACUAUGGAAAACCCUAAUUUCCGAUUCCGCCUUUGCCAAAUUACACCUUCAGCGAUCUCCGCGCAACACUCACCUCCUACUAAUACAAAAUUGGUCUAAUCCUGAUGAGGCCUUGGAUUGCAGUGUCGAACCCUUUCCUGUAACUAAUUUGCUAGAGGUUCGCUUCAGUCCUUUCUAUACAUAUAGGGAAAUCAACGCCAUUCCCGAUGAUCCACACUACCGAUUGAAGAAUCUAGAUUGCUGGGAGGUAGUUGGUUCAUGCAAUGGCUUGCUCUGCCUGCGCGGUUCUUCUUGGGCCCCUAAGAAUCACACCACCUGGCUCCGUUUAUGGAACCCAGCUACCAACACAUUAUCUGAAAAAUUAGGGUAUCAAACUAACUUUUAUUGCAGGUUCACAUUUGGUUAUGACAUUUCAACAGACUCUUAUAAGGCGGUGGCUUUCUCUGCCAACAAGGUGAAAGUUUUCAGGUUUGGUGAUAAUGUUUGGAGAAACAUUGAAUGUUUUCCAGUUGUUCCUUUUGACGUUGAGGCUACGCGUCUCAGUUGUCAUCCAUUUGUGUAUAAUGGUGUGUAUGUCAGUGGAGCUAUUAACUGGCUGGCUAUUAGAAAUAAGAUCGAAUAUGAAUGGAAAGAUAUUACCGUAGAUCAAUUUGUAAUUGUCUCGCUUGAUCUAGCUACGGAGACUUAUCGGGAAUUGCUGCCACCUCAGGGUUUUGUUGAAGUACCACCCGUUGAACCAUCUGUCACUGUGUUGAUGGAUUGUUUAUGCUUUUCCCACCGUUCCAAGGGAACUCAUUUUGUUUUAUGGAAGAUGAUGGAAUUUGGAGUUCAAGAGUCUUGGACUCAAUUCCUCAAAAUUAGCUUUCAGAAUCUUCGUAUUGAUCAUGGCAUUAGUGACUCGCUGGCAUAUGAUUCUCAAUUGUUCCUGCUACCAUUGUGUUCUUGUGAGAGGAGCAACACACUGAUAAUGGCAACCAAUGAACAAGGUGAUGUUUUUUCCAAUCAACGGGCAAUUCUCUUUAAUUGGAAACAUAACAGAGUAGACCUAGUUACAUCUUUCUAUAAUGAUAUAUUGUGGUUUUUUACCAAGGGUUACGUUGAAAGCUUGGUUUCCACUUGUCCUAGAGAUCCUUAAAUAUCUAUCUAUCAGCUACUGUACUGGUACUAUAGUUGAUUUGCAUACCCAGAUUUAGUGAUCAGUUUUCCAAUAAGAGGUUGGUGACAAAGGUGCAUGGAGUUGGGGUGGAGCCUGGAGGUGGGUGCAUGUGAGUGGAGCCUUUACUAUUGAAACUCAUUUUAUUAAGUUGUUUGGCCAUCAUGAUGAAAUAGAAGGAUUGUCAAGUUCUUUAACAAUAUGUUUGGAUGAAUAGUUUUAAUGUGAGAAAUAAUUUUUUUGAUAGAAUUUAAAAAUCAAAAUCCACAUGGUUUGGUAAGAAAAUAUGGUGAAUUGUUACUUGGCUUCGAUAUUUUUUAAAAUUUUCAAAUUGACCCUCUAUUUUAAAAAAUAUAUAUAAACUAGUCAUCUAUGAUUUCCAUAAAUUAUAAAUUAAUCCCUUUGAAUUUUAAAAAUUGCAAAUUAGGAUGGAGUGUUAAUUCAUUGGUUCUAGUCUCAGUAGGUCAUUAGAUCACAUAAAACGAAUAAGAAAACAUGAAAUAGGGUGAAAUAACCAAUUAUGGAGAUCAUGAUAUAAUUCCCUUUAAAUAUGAUUUGAUUUCUCUGCCAUUAUUUUUUGUUGUGCUUUUGAGUAAUUUUUAUAACGGUCUGAAUCAAAUCACAAUGGUCAAGUUAUUCGAUUCUAAGACUGCAAAAUGCAAAAUUUACCGCAUUCUUUGUCCACCUUUCUACACCCUUUUAACACAUCAAUAAUUGGCCAAAGUAGAGGAUCCUUUCUCUUCCUUAAUGAGGAUGGCUUGCAACAAGAGGAGAGAAUGGAUGAAAAUGUUGGGGGUGUUGUGAGCUUGAAUUACAAGAUGGUAUGGUGAUAAUGUAAGCUAGGAUUGCAUGCAAUGGCUCAAAAGAAAGUAAAAAAAAUGCUUAUGGAGAAACACAUAGGGAGGACAUAGAAAGAGAAACGUGAUAGCCAUCAAUCUCGUUUUUCUCAUAACACAUUGAAUUAGUUUGCUUGUUUUGUAUACAUCUCCACUUGACCACUUGUUUUGUUACAAUUUAGUUUUUUUUUUCU